AUGUUUCAGAAUCAGGUGGUAGUGACGCGCGAGCGUCGCCGCUUUGGUCGCCAAUGCGUCUUCGAGGAUCGCAACGAGCUAAUGGUCAGCGUACAUCCGAGCAGCCGUCUACGCCUCAAAUAUAUCAUGGGUAAUCCGCAGACACGUGCCAUGCAACUGAGCUCCGUGAUGGCAUUGAGUGAGGUGGAAACAGAGAAUGCAACCUACGAUGAUCAUGGUAUGUUUCACUACGAGGGCGGCUGGCCCAAGGAGGUCAACAUGAACGACGAGGAGCAAACGCUGCGUCAUCGCAAGAAAGUCGAACGUGAUGAUGCUUGGGGCGAAGAGGUUAAGGAGCUCAUAAGGACCACAAUGAAUACAGCUCGCCAAAACAAUGCCAUUAACAUAUAUGAUCAUUUCUUUGAUGAUCUGCCACACGAUUUGGGUCGCACCAUUUGCAUGCCGUUCAAGUCGCGCACCAUCAACAUCAUUCACGACUUGUGGCAGCCACAGCGUUACAUGUCCGUGAUCAAUUGGAUGCCCAAUAACAACAGACAGAUUAUGACCCAGUAUAGCAAUCUGUAUGAAUUGAAGGGCGAGAACCGUCGCAUGGUCAUCAAUGAUGAUAGCAAUGGCGGCACCAAUGCCUUCUACGUCUGGGAUGUUAAGAACCCAAUCAAGCCCUUGUAUUACUAUGACAGCCCGGAGAUUAUAUCUUGCGCCAAGAUAUGUCCCAAGGAGGAGAACAAUAUGGCAGCCGGCACAUAUACGGGCAAGGUCUGCAUUUGGGAGACCUUCGAGAGUGGCAUGUGCAUCAGCACGUGCCCCAUGGAGGCGGCACAUCGUGAACAAACUUCUUCCCUAACUUGGGUCUAUUCGAAAUCGAAUACAGAAUUCUACUCGGCCUCGUUGGAUGGUUCGGUUAAGUUCUGGGACAUUCGAGAUCUCAAGAUGCCAGCCAAUGAGAUCGUUCUGGAGCCGUAUACGCGCAAUCGUCAAAACCGUCAGAAUGCCCACGGCUGCACCGUUCUGGAGUUUGAAUAUACCAUUCCGGUUCGUUUUAUAGCUGGCACCGACUUGGGCAGCGUUUUCGUGGGCAAUCGCAAGGGUCUGAAUCCCGUUGAGAUGCUCGUUGGUAGUUUCAUGAUCUGUGCCGGGCCGAUUCGCACGAUCCAUCGCAACCCGUUCUUCGUGAAGAAUUUCGUCAUUGUCGGGGACUGGCGUGCACGCAUCUGGUGCGAGGAGGUCAAGAAUCGUCCGAGCACCAUGUACGUGAAGAAGCGUUCGCAGCUAAUGUGCGGCGCCUGGAGCAGUGCACGCGCCUCGUUGUUUGUCACUGGGGACAUCGAUGGCGUUGUUGACUUCUGGGACUUUCUAUUGAGUCAACGCAAGCCCAUCUAUAGCAUCAAUUUCGGUUCAACCAUCACGGCCGUUGUCUUUCAGCCGGGCGGACAGCACUUGGCCAUUUCCCUAUCGAAUGGCGAUACGCAUAUCAUGAAUAUGGAUGAGGCCAUGAAGAAGACCACCAGCAAGGAGAAGGCACUCAUGGCGGCAAUGUUCGAGCGUGAGAUUACGCGCAGCAAGUUGCUGGAGGCACGCGUUGAUGAGAUCAAGCUGCGUCGCCGCACACUCAUUAUGGAGGAGGAGGAACGCCAGUCGAAGGCCGCCAUCGUUGAGGAGGCACCGCCAGUGGUGCCCGAUCUAGAGCUGGAUCCCGAUAAUCCCGAUCAGUUCAUCAAGAUGAUCGAGUCCGACGAACAAUUUCGCCUGGCUCUGGCCACUUUCCAUGAGACUCUCGAGGCUGUCGAUCGCAAGCGGGCCACCGAAAAGAAAGUCAUGGAGCGCACCGACUUCGAGCAACUCUACUUGGACAAUCUGGCCGAGCAGGCCAAGAUCGAGGAGGCGCGCAAGAAGCGUCCCGGCUCCAUAACCUCCAAGGAGGCCAGAGAGAUGCGUGCGGCCAAGGCCAAGGCCAAGGCAGCAGCGGCCAAAGCAGCAGCGACCAAAGCCAAAAAAUAAUCCACCAAAUCCCUGUUCUCUCUGUUCGCUGUUCACGU